ACAUCCAUCUAACAAAAUCGAAUGUAGGAAUACUGAGCACCUGCUGUGAGCUCACAGUUGUUCUCGGUGCUGCUGGGAGCGUACGACGUGACUUAACCCAACAUCUGCAACAGCAAAGUACUACCUCCCAAGGUCAUUAAGUGUAAAAUGAUAGGGCAGGUUGUCAAUGCUAAGAGUUCAGAGGUAAGAUCAGUGAAGACUGAAGGAAGUCCAAAGUUUACCACAAGUCUGAACAACCCUGCUAAACGCUCCACCUGUUGAUAGCAAAGCCACAACCCGGCCAGCGAACUUGAGAUGGAGAGGAUGACGCGGCAGGGGCAAUGACAAGAUGACAUGCCUUGAUUUUCUUUGUGGCCAGAUGGGUUUGUAUGGACAAGCUUGUCCAUCUGUAACUUCAUUAAGGAUGACAUCUGAACUGGAGAGCAGCCUAACAUCUAUGGACUGGUUACCACAGCUCACCAUGAGAGCAGCCAUCCAAAAAUCUGAUGCUACACAAAAUGCACAUGGAACGGGAAUUUCUAAGAAGAAUGCACUCCUUGACCCAAACACAACACUGGACCAGGAAGAAGUCCAACAGCACAAAGAUGGAAAACCUCCGUACAGUUAUGCCAGCCUCAUCACAUUCGCAAUUAAUAGUUCUCCCAAAAAGAAAAUGACUUUAAGUGAGAUUUACCAGUGGAUUUGUGAUAACUUCCCGUAUUAUAGAGAGGCUGGCAGUGGUUGGAAGAAUUCCAUACGACAUAAUCUGUCACUGAACAAAUGUUUCCUUAAAGUGCCUCGAUCCAAGGAUGAUCCUGGAAAGGGUUCUUACUGGGCAAUAGACACCAAUCCGAAGGAAGAUACGCUGCCUACUCGGUCAAAGAAGAGGGCCCGAUCUGUAGAACGGGCCUCAACUCCAUAUAGCAUAGAUUCAGAUUCUUUGGGAAUGGAGUGUAUUAUUUCGGGAAGUGCCUCUCCAACUCUGGCAAUCAACACUGUGACUAACAAAGUGACAUUGUACAACACUGAUCAGGACGGGAGUGAUAGCCCACGAAGCAGCCUUAACAACAGUCUCUCAGACCAGAGUUUGGCGUCUGUUAAUUUGAACAGUGUUGGAAGUGUGCAUAGUUAUACACCGGUGACUAACCAUCCAGAACCAGUCUCUCAAUCAUUAACGCCUCAGCAGCAGCCACAGUACAAUCUUCCAGAACGAGAUAAACAACUGCUUUUCACAGAAUACAACUUUGAAGAUCUCAGUGCCUCAUUUCGGAGUCUUUAUAAGUCAGUUUUUGAGCAGUCACUCAGUCAACAAGGUUUGAUGAGCAUCCCUUCUGAAUCUUCCCAGCAGUCCCACACUUCCUGCUCCUAUCAGCACUCUCCUAGCAGUACAGUGAGCUCUCACCCACACAGUAACCAAAGCAGCCUGCCCAACAGUCACAGUGGCCUCAGUGCCACAGGUAGUAAUUCGGUUGCCCAGGUCUCACUGUCCCACCCCCAAAUGCACACACAGCCCUCUCCACACACACCCCAUCGACCGCAUGGUUUACCACAGCACCCACAGCGUCCUCAGCACCCAGCAUCACACCCACAGCAACACAGCCAGCUCCAGCCACCUCACUCCCAGCACCCCUCUCCACAUCAGCACAUGCAGCAUCAUCCAAACCAUCAGCAUCAGACGUUAGCACAUCAGCCACCCCCACCCCCACAGCAGGUAUCCUGUAAUUCUGGGGUUUCAAGCGAUUGGUAUGCAACACUUGAUAUGCUGAAGGAAAGCUGUCGAAUUGCCAGCAGUGUUAACUGGUCAGAUGUAGACCUUUCACAGUUCCAAGGUCUGAUGGAGAGUAUGAGGCAGGCGGAUCUCAAGAACUGGUCAUUAGAUCAGGUUCAGUUUGCUGAUCUCUGUUCCUCUCUUAAUCAGUUCUUCACACAGACUGGCCUUAUCCACUCACAGAGCAAUGUUCAGCAGAACGUGUGCCAUGGUGCCAUGCACCCAGCGAAGCCUUCCCAACACAUUGGGGCAGGAAAUUUGUACAUAGAUUCCAGGCAAAAUCUCCCUCCUUCGGUGAUGCCGCCCCCUGGUUAUCCUCAUAUCCCACAGGCGCUCAGCACUCCAGGAACUACGAUGGCAGGCCAUCACGGAGCCAUGAACCAGCAGCACAUGAUGCCUUCCCAAGCCUUCCAGAUGCGGCGCUCUUUGCCUCCAGACGAUAUCCAGGAUGACUUUGAUUGGGAUUCAAUAGUGUAGGCUUGUUUCUGCAAGACAGCGGACUCCAGCAUCCUUUCUGUUGAGUGGACGGAAGGACUAGAGUCCAGUUGAGAAAACAAAGCGAUGUUACCAGUGCUAUCUAAAUUCCUUUUGAAGACAAUCAGAGAUUCUAGCUGGGUAACUUACUGCUUUUAUCUGACCCAAGCAAGAACACAUGUUUGUCUCCCGCCAGUGCCCUCUGUAGCUCCUAACUGUUGUGAUUUGGACAGCUUUUUGCAUAUUUGUGUCAGUUUGAUGUUAACCACAAGUGCCAGACUGAUUUUUCAGACAGAGCCUAUUUUGCUGCAAGCAGUUUAUAGAUACAUAUGUGUAAAUACGUGUACAAAUAUUACUGAAAGGCUUCAAGGUUUUUUUCUAAUUGGAUUAUUGUGUCUUGACAAGAAAGUUACUGUCAGUUUUUAUUCCUCUUUAGGCCGUUUACUGCAGGAUGCUUUCAGAUGAUGUAGGGAGCUGAAAGGAAAUUGGUCUUUCCAAAGCCCAGUUUCCUUUAUUUGAUAUUCAGAAAUAGGAGUAAUCAUGAAUUCCAGCAAGUAAGUCAAGGAACCUGGAGCUGGUACUCCCCACAGUGCAGAGGGUCUGUUGUUCUUGAGCAGGCUUGUAACGCAGGGAGUUGUGGAGUGUGUGUUGUGUCUGUCAGUGUGUUUCCUCAACCGCAUUUGGACAGCUCUGAAAUGUGUGGACAGAUUGAAGCUGGAUAUUGCUUGGCUCUUCAGACAAAUCAAUGUCUCCACAUUCAUUUAAGUAUUUAUUAUUCAGAAGUGUUAUUUUAAUAUUUAUUGCUACUUUCUGUGAAUGCACAGCUCUUUUGGGUUUACUAGGGAGAAACUUGUCUGAAAGCAUGGAUAUUUUUUUUCCAGAUAAAAGUUUACAGACAGAGACAAUCAGAAACAUUUGUCAUUCUCUUUAUCACCACUCCUUUUACCAAGUGAGUAUGCUUCCUAUCUUACUUAGCUGUCCUGCUGUUGGAGACUUAAUAGCUACCUAGGAAUUUCCUGGAAUCUGAAUCAGAGUCUGUUUAGGCAGCAGGAUAUGGAGGCAGGUUUAUACAGCAGUGUCCUCGGUGUUUUAGGUAACGCUGUAGCUCCAGAGUCUGUCUGCUACGUGCUGGUGGGUCUGUGUGCCCGACAAGAAACACUUGGAGCUUUUAUCAGUUGCUUGUUCGUGUUACAUCACAGUUUGCAUGGGUUGAUUGUGUUGAUUUUAUAAUGCAAGUAGAAAAAAGGAGAUUCUCCUCCCCACAGUGAAUAGAUUUUUAAUUGUUCUUUACAAAGAAUCUGUUUUAAUGAGGAAAUAGUCUGUCAAAUCAAGGAAAAAUAACUGCUCACCAGUUGCUUGUUAGUGUCUCUGGGCUCAGCAAAGGUAAAUCAUGUAACUAAGCCUCAGCAAGUCUGUGGUUGAGUAAUCUCUACUUGAAGAAAGGUUGUGUGUGUGUGUGUGUGUGUGUGUGUGUAAGAGAGAGAGAUUGAUCGAUUUCUAUCUGUGUACUCAUGGAAUGUUGCCUGGAAUGAAUCACUGAGAAGAAAGCAGAGCUUUGUGCAUCUCUGUUGUUUGGGUCCCACUUGGCAUGAAAAGGAAGCUCAGGUACAGCCCCUCAGAUAAGUGAAAAUCAGAGGAUUCUCAAACAGCCGCCAACAGCCUCCCUUAGAAGGACCAGGCAAGGUGAGACAGAUGGUUGCCUGCAGAAGACAGCAUCGGAAGAUGGGGUUCCCAGUAGUUUACCAAGUCUGUUUCCUCCAAACACCAAAACAGCUGCUCCGUGACUAGGACUGCUACUAGCAGUGUGCACUUUAAAUAAUUGGGUGUUGGAGUACUGCAGUCUUUGAAACAGACUGGCUUGGGUAGGACCGCUGAUGAUGAUUUUACAAAUUAUGUGAAGCUAAUAUCCCAUUUGGCAAUUAUUUACUGAUUUGCAGUGAUUGACAUAUUUAUUAAUAUUUGAACUGACCAAGAAUGGCACUUGAGACCAGACUCAUCACUCUUCUGUGACCCCUGUUCCCCAGGGGCUCAGAGCAGGCCCCAGUGGGCUGUGGCCAGACAGGGCUACCUGGUGGGUGCAGAGUCCCUCUAGUGGCCAUUUCUGUUGGUAAUUGAUGAUACAGAGCAAGUUCUCUUAGGCUUAAAUUGACUGGAGACUUCGGGGUAAAGACUAAUAACUGUACGUAAACAGAUGAGGUGCUCUGUCCAGGAGAAGAGUCCGACUGGCAUUUGUGGUAGUGUUUGAAAUGUAAAUGUAUUCUUGUGUGUUCCUGUAAAUAUUUAAUACACGUCUCUCAAAUGUCCUUUGAAGUGGGAGGGGAUCGACCUUGGGAUAAUUUCAAAUGGAAUAGAGUAUUUUGAUAUGUUCAUCGAGAGGGUGAUGUGUACAUACCUAUAUUGUAUAGAUGUGGUGACAUGCAUUGGCUUUUGUGCAGAAACAACCUGCUCUCUGUGCUGCUGUUGGACAGUCAGUGUUUUAAUGUUUCUACAGUUUUCCUAUUGCACGAUUUCAUAUUCUGCCGACGGUGAGUGGCACCCAUUCUUUGUAACCGUUUAGUGCUGUAAAAAAAUAUUCCAAGUGUCAUUAGGAUCGUCGCUGCCAGAACUGAUAUGCAUGGAUGGCACUUAAAAUAAAUAUAUUAUGAUAACUGUA